AUGAGUAAGGAAGGUCGAUCUACAUCGAGACCUCCAUUGUUUGAUGGAACAAGUUAUCGAAGUUGGAAAAACAAGAUGGAAGCUUUUCUGAUGCUACAAGGUGAAGAUGUUUCUGAAGCUGUUGAGUCUGCAUGGUCUCAUCCCAUGAAGACCAUCCAAGAUGAAGAUAAUAUCAUCUCUCUUGUGAAGAAACCGAAAAGAGAAUGGACUCCCAAUGAAAAGUCGGCUGCAAUCGCCAACUCGAAAGCCCUUUUCUCGAUUUUUAAUGCUGUAGAUGAAACUCAAGCGAAGCUGAUAUCCAACUGCAAAGUUGCUAAGGAAGCAUGGGACAUCCUGGAAAAUGCAUUUGAAGGGUCUGUACAGGUUCGAGAAUCAAAGUUGGAUCAUGUUGAAACCUUGUUUGAAGGACUGAAGAUGAAUGAAGAUGAAACGAUUGCUGAUUAUCAUAACGGAUUCAUGGAUGUUGUGAAUCAAGCUGAAGCUCUUGGAAUGCACUUCGAAGAAAAGAGACUGGUGAGGAAAAUGCUUAAAAGUCUCACAAAAUAUUUCAGACCGAAAGUGAUUAUGCUUGAUGAACCACCAAAGCUGAGAAAUAUGACAUUGGAUGAACUGUAUGGUACGUUGGUGAGCUAUGAAAUGAACUAUAUCGAAGAUGAAGCACCCAAAAGCAUGGCUCUAAAUGCUGAAGACUUGAAGAUGAUAGAGUCUGAUGAAGAAAUGGCACUGCUGAGCCGUAAACUUUCGCGAAUGAUUAGUGAGAAACGAGCUGCCAAGCUGAAGUUUGGGAAGUUUCAGAACAGAAAUAGCUAUCAGGGAGGAGGAACAUCCAGUUCUCAACGAAAAUACCCUGAGCAGAAACCAACUACAUACAACAAGCCAAAAGAAAGAUUCGAUGGUGAAUUUAAGAAGAAGUUUGUGGUGUCUGCAAAACCAGAGACGGUUCAAGAACCUACCUGUUAUGGAUGUGGUGGAGUUGGACAUAUUAAAUCAGAUUGUCCAACAGUAAAGAAGAGGGAAAAGAGAGUUUAUCAAGCCACAUGGAGUGACAAUGAAGAUGGUGAAUCUGCUGGAGGUGAGGAACUGACAGAAAGUGAUGAAGUGGUGGCAUUUAUGGCAAAUGCUGGUGAAAUCAGUAAAAGAAAUGAGGAAUCCAACCCGAAAGCUGCUGAUGAGUCAAGGGAACUUGAUGCUGAAGAGUUGAUCGAAGCCUAUGAGGAAAUGGUAAUCGAACAGAAGAAAGCUGUAGUGAAGAACAAGGAGAUGCUGGAAACAAUCUAUCGUCUGGAAGAUCAAAAAGAAAAACUUGAGGAUGAACUUGAAAAACUGAGGAAGAUUGUUGAUGAUAAAUCUGCUGAAUCACAGAAGUUGAAAGAAGAAUUCAGUAUCUCUGAGAAGUGUUUCAAACUGGCAAAGGAUGUUAUCAAUGGGAAACACAUUCGAUGGCCUACAGAAGGUCUGAAACAUAACAUCAAAGUCAAAUUGGUGUGGAUGCCUAAGGAAGGUCUGAAACAGGUGGAAUGCAAUGUGAUUCUGUCAAGUCAAGAGUCUACCAGGGCAGAUCGAUGGUACUUUGAUAGUGGUUGCUCACGACAUAUGACUAAUCAAAAAGAACUUCUGAAAAAUUAUGUUGAAGACCGAAGUGGAGAUGUUAUCUUUGGUGAUGGUGCAAAAGGAAAAAUCAGUGGAUAUGGCGCUCUUAAAAAAGUAGGGAUUCCAAAGUUGUCGAAAGUCUACUAUGUUGAAGGACUGAGUACAAACUUGAUCAGCAUUAGUCAACUUUGUGAUGAUGACUUACAUGUGAAGUUCACGAAAAAUUCAUGUGAAGUAUAUGAUACUGAACAAAAAUGCGUGAUGACUGGAGUUCGAUCAAAGAACAAUUGUUACUUGCUGGAAUAUCCUCAAAUGGAAGCAUUGAUAUUGAAAGAUGAUGAAUCUAUGUUGUGGCACACCAGAUUGGGUCAUGUCAAUCCACAGAAUCUAUCGAGGAUUAGCAAAAUUGGAGCUAUCAGAGGAUUACCCAAAUUUUCAAAGAUCCCGAUUACUACGUGUGGUGACUGUGCGAGAGGAAAACAUAAGAGAGCUGUACAUUCCUCACUGGAACAACGUUUCAGCAGCAACUGUCUGGAGCUGUUGCAUAUGGAUCUCAUGGGUCCAGUCGAUAUCUGCAGUCUUGGAGGUAAGAAGUAUAUCCUGGUUUGUGUUGAUGACUUUUCAAGAUAUACAUGGGUAGAUUUCCUACGUGAGAAAAGUGAUGCCUUUAAUGCCUUUGAAAAAUUUAGUACAAGGCUUAUGAAUGAGAAGAAAUCAAAGAUUGACAGGUUGAGAACUGAUCAUGGAAAGGAGUUUGAGAAUCGCAGGUUUGCUGAAUUCUGCAAUGGAUUGGGAAUUAAGCAUGAAUUUUCUGCCCCAAAGACUCCAUAA